AUGGGCUCCACAAAUUCUCAAAAACCUCCAAAGAUUCAAUCGAUUCUUGCAUUGCCAUCUAAUUUCAAAAGGAUUACUUGCCCAACAUGUGAUAUGACAUAUAAUCCACAUAUACCUCAAGAUAAAUUACUACAUAAUAAAUACCAUACAAAUUUCAUCAAUGGGAUUCCGUGGAAUUAUAAAACAGAUGAUGAUGUUUCGAUAAUUGAGAAUUUUACAUUAGUUGAAAAACAGAGUUUGAACCCAACUGGGAAAUUAAAGCUGACAAGAACGCGUCUGACUGUUAAAGGUUCUAUAAUUUGUAUAAAUAAAUCAAACAAACGGCAUUUACUAAAAGUAGAACUACUACUAAAUAUAGUGAACCAAGAGUUGAAUGCCAGUCAAGAUUCCGGACAAUGGAAGAAACUUGAAUUUGAUAAAAGCAAAGCGUUUGUGAUAAUAAUAGAAAACAAGGCAAUUGGAUUGUGCACAACAGACACAAUUCAACCUGAUCAAGGAAGGUGGAUGAUACAUAAAACACAAUCUAUAGUACCCAACCAGAUUAAUAGAAAAGUUGUCAUUGGAAUUUCAAGAAUAUGGAUCAGCCUGAAAUGGAGACAAUACGGUUUAGGUAAAAAACUUUUAGAUGUUGUUUUGAAAAAUUCUAUUUACAGUGUGCAAUUAUCGAAAAAUCAAGUUGCAUUCAGUCAACCCAGUUUUAGUGGUGGAAUGUUGGCAAAAUCAUUCAAUGGGGUGAAACACAAAAGUGGCGAAAUGUUGUUACCCGUAUAUAUUGAAUAA